UUCGUGCUGCAUGUGCUUUCGCGCGGUCCGUUAAAAAUUCGUUAAAAAGGUUUGAAACACAUCGGUAAACGUCAAAGUCGCCGGGAAAAACCAUUUUAGGUACAAUCGAAAUUGAAUUUUGAAACAAGUCCGAAAAGACCGGUAAGUGCGCGCUUUCUGCGGCUCCAGGAGUGUGCGCACGUUACUUUUUGAACGGGCGAGCGGAUCAACGUCGGCGUUCCGAUAGGUCUUAUCAAUCAAAAGAUACAAUUCCCCCGAUCGAAGUGGAGAGCGCGCUGCCUAUCGAAGUGAUACAUUUGGUUUUUACUGUUAACGCAUGUAGUUUGUUGGUUAUCGGUUGCCCUGAAAUGCCGUCGGCUUUUGGUGCCCGACCCUGUGAACUCUCAAGCUGAAGACCUUAGCUCCCUAAGCUCCCAAACUGAUGUCCACCUUGGCCAGCAGCCGACCGCCCCCGCUGAAGCUGAUCAUUCCCUCCUUGCAGGAGGCAGAGGACCACGAGGAGGAGGAGAGGAGAGGAGCGGGCGGAGUAGGAGGAGGAGGUGGCCAGGAAGUGGGUGCCAUGCAUCCGGAUUGCCUGCCCUUGCCGCUGGCUCAGCCGGGCAACUCGCCGCUGGUGCGCGACGAGGAGGAGGAGGUGGUGCACACCGAAUGCGAGGAGCAGCUGAACAUCGAGGAUGAGGAGGAGGCGGAGGAGGAGCCCGACCUGGACCUGGAGGAUCCGGCCAGCUGCUGCAGUGAGACCAGUGUGCUCAGCGUGGGCCAGGAGCAAUCGCAGGCUGCCCAGGCGGCCCUGUCCGCCCAGGCUCAGGCCAGGCAGAGGCUCUUGAUAAGUCAGAUCUACCGACCGUCGGCUUUUAGCAGCACCACUACCGUCCUGCCGCCCAGCGAGGGACCGCCCCUCUCGCCCGAGGAGCUACUGCAGCAGCUGCCCCCCUCCGCAGGGAGCUCCUUCCAGGAGGAGUUCCUGCGCAAGUCGCAGCUGUACGCCGAGGAGCUGAUGAAGCAGCAGAUGCAUCUAAUGGCCGCCGCCCGGGUCAACGCACUCACGGCAGCGGCGGCGGGAAAACAGCUCCAGAUGGCCAUGGCUGCAGCGGCGGCGGCCACGGUGCCCAGCGGGCAGGAUGCACUGGCUCAGCUGACGGCCACCGCUCUGGGAUUGGGCCCGGGAGGAGCUGUCCAUCCGCACCAGCAGCUGCUCCUGCAGCGGGACCAAGUACAUCACCAUCACCACAUGCAGAAUCACCUCAACAACAACGAGAAUCUCCACGAGCGGGCCCUCAAAUUCAGCAUAGACAACAUCCUGAAGGCGGACUUUGGCUCCAGGUUGCCCAAGAUGGGCGCUUUGAGUGGCAACCUGGGAGGUGGCAGUGUGAGUGGAGGGAUCACCGGUGGCAGUAAAAGCUCCGGAACUGCCAAUGGCAGCAGAACUCCCCUGAAGGUGCCCAAGAAAUCGGGAAAGCCCUUGAAUCUGACCCAAACCAAUGCCGCUGCCAAUUCGAGCCUGAGCUUCUCCAGCUCGCUGGCCAACAUCUGCAGCAACAGCAACGAUUCCAACAGCACCGCCACCAGCAGCAGCACCACCAAUACCACCGUGGCGCCGGUGGAUCUGGUCAAGUCGCCACCGCCGGCGGGCGGAGCGGCAGCCACGGGAGCGGGAGCGGGAAGCAAGUCCGGCGAGGAUUCGGGCACGCCCAUCGUGUGGCCGGCGUGGGUCUACUGCACCCGCUACAGCGAUCGCCCCAGCUCAGGUCGAAGUAAGUACAAAACGGAGGCAAAUGGUACUCAGUGAACUGGAAAUUCAGAAUCGAUAUGAUGGUGUUCAAUAGUUCGAAGGACCUGAAUGGGUGGAAAAGUCUUGGUUUAGACCUAUAUUAUAGGACUGCGCUGAUAAGCUUAUUAUUGAGUUUAGUAGAAAUAUUAAUUAUUUUUGAGUUUGCAGGAAAAGAUAAAGUAUAUGUUUAUUUGAAAUCUAUGUUCGUUCAAAUCUAGGCUCGCUAAUUAGGCUUACUUACUAGCUCUUUAGCAAAUAUUGAUCGGCAUUCGAUAAUUAUAUUUAUUUAUAUUAAAUUU